AUGAUUGCUGGAUCGCUUCUGCAGAGUUUCUCUCUAUUCAUGUUGUCUUGGUCAAAACCCGCGUCACUGGGUGCUAUCGUCCAUCCGAUUAUACUCAAUAACUUCCUGGAUGGUCCUCUUGGCUUCACCAAUGGCGUCCGUGCAAGCGCAGGGUUCGUCAGCGCACUACUUUUAAUUGCAUGUUUGUGCAUGCGAACUCACCUUGAUCCACCGGUGACACCGGUGAAGUACAUUGUGGCGGCUAGAAAAUGUUUUCAUGAUGUGCCAUUUACUCUUAUGGUGGCAGGGGACUUCCUUUUCCAGAUCGGCCUCUUUUACCCGGCAUACUUCAUUCAACUCGACUCUAUCAAGCAUGGUAUCAAUGUUGCCUUUUCAUCUUACUCUGUGGGUGCCAGCACUGCACAAGCAAUUUUCCUGCUGACAGGUGUGCUCAUUUUGGGCAUGAUUGGGUUGAAUUGCUUGGCCAGCAUUAUUGUGCUUGCCGUGCUUCAUGGCUAUUUUGAAGGGCUGUUUGUUGUGAUAACGCCAGACCUUUCUGAGCUUGGCACGCGGAUGGGCACCGCUGUCUUCAUCGGUGGUGUGAUUUGGAAGUUUGAUUGUGUGCAUGGUCACAUGGCGUUUAUCCUGUUCUCAGUAGCUGGACUUGCAUUCAUUCGCUUCCUCAGCUCGACUGCCUACAUGCUGAUCCACGUGUUUGCAGGGGAGUAA